UUCUCCCGUAGAGCGGCUACAUGGCAAGCAUGCUUCGGCUACGCGCAAGAGUGGCCCUAGGCAAGAGUGACCUUCGGUGCGCGGCUUUAGGGGGCCGCGGGUAGACCAAAUCCAAGCGCGCGGGCCAAUGCUGGAGGGACCCCUGUGGGCCCGCACCACAAGGUCACUCCGGCACUCCAGCAAAGACCAGCUCGUAAUUACGCGUAGCAGUGCUCCUUCCCGCGGAGCGGCCCAGCGACCCAUCGCCAGCGGCAUCCCCGUAUCAUGGGCGCCGCCACGGCGACAGGUCCCACACCGGCGGCGGCAGCAGCGGGGCGCUCUCGGCGGCGCCCUGCUCGUGGAUGCUGCCCGGCGCCCGGCCGCGGCUGGCGAGCAGCACGAGGCACGCCGUGCACGCGACGGCGACGCAGAGCCACAAGGCGCCCCACGUGGACACCGGGACGCCCGUCAGGCGGGCCAGCUCCGCGGCGUCGGAGUGCUCCAGCCAGGGGCGGUCUAUGACGUCCUCCUGGUCGGGCGCGGCGUACGCGCAGCUCGCCAGCCCGACCACCUGCAGCGCCAGCCGGUUGGCCCGGGGCCCGAGCAGCGCCCCCGCCAGGCAGAGCACGAGGCCCCAGACACGAGUACCGCCAGCUGCCCGAAGGAGUCCACGGGCCUCACGAACAGGAGUGCCACCGUCAGCAGCAGCACCCCCAACGCCGCCGAAAGAAGGCGCUCGACGCCGCCGGCACAGGCAAGCAGCAGUAGCGCGCCGCCCCACACCAGGCUGCCCAAAUAGCCCGCGCUCAGCACCACCACUGGGCUGCCGCCGCGCGUGGCGCACGCGCCGCUCUCGUCCUCCUCCACCCUGACCGCGCCGAAGCUGCCGCCCGUGGCGCAGGCCGCGAUGCCGUGGCUGAGCUCGUGGAAGAGCACGGAGAGGAUCUUCAGCGGGUACACUAGCGGCGUGCUCCAAAGCAGCCAGACCACGGCGAGCUGCCCACCCAAAAACGCUGCCUGGAGCCAGUCGACGCCCAGCGGGCCGUCCGCUGCCUGUACCUGCUCUGCUCCAACACUGCUCCAGGGGCGCUCGCUGGUCCACGUGGGGGGCUCCGGAAACCUGGAGCCAAGAAGCUCUGACAUCUCCCCAGGGCGGGUCUUCUACUUCCGCCGGCUUCCGCCAGCGCACCCGCCGCCAUCCUACUUCCGCCGACCUCCUACCGCCUUCCGCCAAGCAAGAGAUGCCAGCCAAGUGCGCUCAACUUCGCGCUUCGCGCUGCGCGAAACGCGAAAAACUUCGCGCUCUCGCGCCGCCCUCCAUGGGAGAAGAGGAG